CAUUCCGAUGUGUUGGCCAUAGAGUCCCCUCUUAAGCUUGCAAAGUACAAGAAACACGGAAACAAAGAAAGAAAGAAAAAGAAAAACAGGAAAAAAUCAGGACAUCAUUUAUAUAUUUUUAGAGAAAGAAAGAGAGAGAAUUGAUCAACCUCUCUACUCUCUACUGAAAGAAUCAGAGGUUUUUAGAGAAAGAAAGAAAUAAAGACAGGUUACUUUAACUAAUAACUGAACUCUUUAUCUCUCUCUCUCUCUCUCUCUGUGUAAGACUCAAAUUACGACGACGAUUGAAUUUACACAAGGGGGAAAAGCUCUCAUUACUUUGGUUCGACCGGAUCUGAUCGAAACUUUUCGUUUAUUUCUUGAUUGAUUGAAUUGAGUAUUGAAGAAUCUGAUUGGUAGAAUGAAAGGUUAUCAAAUUUUCUUACAUUUAUGAUUCUUUUUAAAUCAGUCUUUGUGUAAUUGAUAAGCACAGCUCUUUGUGCUCAAUCGGAUUAUUGAUGUAGCUGUGGUUUGAUAUCAAAUUGUUCACGAGAAUUAUUAAUUGGUGGAGUAAUAGUUAGUGAUCUGAUUCUAGGGCAAAAACUAGGGAUUUCAGAAAGUUCGAUAGGAUAAUUCAGUUGCUGACCAAAAUGGAGCUGGGGAAAAAUGCGCCUGAAUCCUCAAAGCGGUGCUCAUUCAGUGAUGCAGUGUCCUGUGCUUCUUAUGCAACUGCUGUAGAUUAUGGGACGGAAACGGUUGGCUAUCAAAUGACUACUGUGGCUCAUCUGAAGCAGUCCCAUAAAAUGAUGGCUCGGGACCAUUUGCAAAAGAAAGAACCCCCUACUUCAUCGAAUAAACACUUUAAAUCAGAUAAUACGAAACUGCUAGUAGCAGAAUCGAGCAGUCACCUUGACAAGCAGGAGCUAGAUCUACCGGAAGCAGCUUCGGAGGGUCUUUCGUCAGGCUUGCCUGUUCAGGAAACGACCAGAAGUGGCAUCAGUAAACAUCUGUUUGAUGAUUUGGAGUCCUGUAGUUCAAACUACUUGCCAAAGCCAGCGAAGUGUGUUUCAGGCCCUUGUAAAGAAGCUUAUGGGCACCCGAACGAGCAUCUAAUAUCUCACCCAAUCAUCAGAAACUGUCAAAGUCCUCCACAAAGUCUUUAUAGUGGAACUCAAUACACAGAGGCUCAGGACACCUUUGCCCCCGUGGAAAUUAGUGAAUGCACUAGCAGUUUUGAUAAAAAGUCGGCUGGAAGUACCAAAGUUAGAAACUCCCUUGACUUUAUAGAGAGUGGGAAGACCAGUGUCAGCAGAGGCAGCAGUGGCAGCAAUGUAAGUGAUGAGAGCAGCUCAAGUAGCUUUUGCAGUGCGGUAAAUAAACCCCACAAGGGAAACGAUACAAGAUGGGAUGCAAUUCAAGCCAUUCGAUCUCGGGAUGGAGCGCUGGGAUUGAACCAUUUCAGGCUCUUGAAAAGGUUAGGAUGUGGAGACAUAGGUAGUGUAUAUUUGUCAGAGUUGAGUCAGACCAGAAGUUAUUUUGCAAUGAAGGUAAUGGACAAAGCAGCUCUAGCAAGUCGAAAGAAGUUGUUGCGGGCUCAGACAGAGAGAGAGAUAUUGCAGUCUCUUGAUCAUCCCUUUCUGCCCACUUUAUAUACGCAUUUUGAGACAGAUAAGUUUUCUUGCUUGGUUAUGGAGUUCUGCCCUGGGGGAGACCUGCAUGCACUCCGGCAAAAACAACCUGGGAAGCAUUUCUCAGAGAACGCGGCAAGGUUCUAUGUGGCAGAGGUACUCCUUGCUAUGGAGUAUCUGCACAUGCUUGGAAUCAUCUACAGAGACCUUAAACCCGAGAAUGUUUUAGUUAGAGAUGAUGGCCAUAUAAUGCUUUCAGAUUUUGACCUCUCUUUAAGGUGUGCAGUUUGCCCAACUCUGGUGAAGUCCUCAAAUCCAGAUAUGCACUCGUCAAAGAAAAACUCGGGUGGAUACUACAUCCAGCCUGCUUGCGUCGAACCCACUUGUUUAAUUCAGCCAUCUUGCUUACAACCAACAUCAUGUUUCACACCACGCUUCUUAACAAGUAAACCCAAAAAAGAUAAGAAAACCAAGCCAAAGAACGAUCCAUACAAGCAAGUGAGCCCACUUCCAGAGCUCAUGGCCGAGCCUACCAGUGCUAGAUCAAUGUCCUUCGUUGGUACACAUGAGUACUUGGCGCCAGAAAUUAUUAAAGGUGAAGGCCAUGGAAGUGCUGUAGAUUGGUGGACCUUUGGAAUCUUUCUCUAUGAGCUUUUGUUUGGGAAGACUCCAUUUAAAGGGUCAGGAAAUCGAGCCACUUUGUUCAAUGUUGUUGGACAACCUUUAAAAUUUCCAGAGAAUCCAGCCGUGAGCUUUGCUGCUAGGGAUUUGAUCAGAGGUUUGCUUGUGAAAGAGCCUCAGCAUCGUCUUGCAUAUAGGCGUGGAGCCACCGAAAUUAAGCAACAUCCAUUCUUUCAAAGUGUGAAUUGGGCACUUAUUCGCUGCACCAAUCCUCCCGACGUGCCAAAGCCAUUCAUGGCAGAAUUACUACAGUCGGAGAUGUCAACAACACCAAAAACUGAUAAUGUGUCGAAGGUUGACGUUAAGCCUUCAGGUCAUUACUUAGAGAUUGAUUUCUUUUAAUUCGUUCUAGUUGUGAUUUUUCCACCUAGUUCACACCCUUCUGUGAGAUGUGCUUUAAUGGUUCUUUUUCCAUGGUACAAACAGAAAUUCUAGUCCAUCUAAAUUGCAGAUUAACUCGAUUUCCAUUCUUCUUUUUUCCUCCCUUGUUCAUUUCAAUUUUAUGUUUCAAAAUAGGCAUGUAAACACCAGUAAGAAAUGCAAAAAAGAAAAUGAAGAAUGAAGUUUGCUC